CGACCGACGAGCUCCAUUUGCAAAUCUCAAUAACCGAGGCUUUUUCUUGGUUCGAGACGCUUCCCCUAGACUGUCUUGUGAUAAGCAGUGAUCGACAAUGCCCCACUCAUUCGGUCUUAGGGCGCGCACUAGGCACCUCUUUUCACGGGACUUCCGUGCAAAGGGUCCAGUGAAGCUCUCCACUUACUUGAAGACCUACAAGGUUGGCGACAUUGUGGAUAUCAAGGCGAACGGUGCGAUUCACAAGGGCAUGCCCCACAAAUUCUACCACGGCAAAACCGGUAUCAUCUACAAUGUCACAAAGAGCUCCGUCGGUAUCAUCAUUCACAAGCAGGUCGGCAACCGGUACAUUGAAAAGCGUGUCAACAUCCGCGUAGAGCACAUCAAGCACUCCAACUGCCGGUUGGAUUUCUUGCGCCGCGUGAAGGCUAAUGCCGCUGCCAAGAAGGAAGCAAAGGAGAAGGGUGUGUCAUUCAACCUCAAGCGUCAACCUGUUGGCCCUACCAAGGCCCACCAUGUUUCGACCAAGAACAACCGCCCGACGACUAUCAGCCCUGUGCCAUACGAAGCUCUUGUGUAAACCUUUUUCAUCUGGCAAUAUAUCGGACCUUGUAUCUACUAUUUUGUAUUGGAACGUUGUUCUGCUGUUUCAACUUGGCCCAUCAUCAUAUGUUUGCAUGACCAGGACUAGGACUGAUGAACAAAGGGUGAAAGAGUGCUUGCCAACAUUAUAAUGACACACAGCGAGUGCUUUUGCCUGCACCUUCUCAAAAGAUUGCUGGUUUGAUAAGCCCGUUACUUGCAUC